CAACGCGCCAGAGCGAUCUUCUCGGCAGCCUCUCGGGUUAUCAGCAGUUCUCAGACCACAAUCGAUCAACCUGCAAUCUUUUCUUGUCUUGUGGACCGCAAAAAAACGACCGCUAACAUGGAACCGAAACUGUCUCUGGAGCAAGUGAAUGGUCUAGUUCCGGCAGAGUUUCACAAAACGUUUGAAAAUGUUAUAGAAUGCUGGCCCGAAGCGGCAAUCUUCUGUUCUGCACUGCUGCCAUUCAAGAGCCUUAAUGCGCUGAUAAACGCAUUUGAAAACUACAUUGAUCGCCUACCGAGCGCAUCAAAGGUAAAGAUCCUGAGACUGCACCCUGACCUGGCUGGUAAACUGUUGGACAGCAAAGAGCUCACCAGCGAUUCCUCUAUUGAACAAAAGUCGGCCGGUUUGGACAACUUAGCCGCUGAAGAGAAAGCGAAGCUCAACGAAUAUAAUGAACGCUACAAAGCGCAGUUUGGAUUUCCUUUCAUUGUUUGCGUCCGGGAAGCAUCCAAGUUCGAGACUAUCCUACGUAGUGUAACCGAGAGAAUUUUCAAUUCCAUUGAUCAAGAAUUGGAAAUAGCUGUAGGCGAAGUGAAAAAAAUCUGCCGCCUUCGAAUUCUCCAGUUGGUUGACCUGUAACCGGAAGACUUUUGCAAAAUGUUGAUUAAUGUUUAAAAAUGUCCUAUUUCUGUGCGUUUGCUUUUGCUCGUACGGCGAUGAUUAUUUGCAGCCAAUAAAAAGUCAUGGUUACCUAAAAAC